AUGGCGGCCCUGCUCCUCAGACUGCAAGGCCCUCCUCCCCCUCCUCCCUUGCUGCCCCAAGGUUGCGCUGCAGGCUCUGAGCUGGCCUUCCUGCGGGAGCCGGGGGACGUGGUGGCCACGUGGGAGCGCCCACUGGUGCUGCCAUGCCGGGUGGAGGGUGAGCCGCCUGUGUCCAUUUCCUGGCAGCGGGAUGGGCUGGCUCUGGCCAACGACAGCAGUGCCAUCCUGAUCCUCCCCUCCCGCGCCCACGAGUACCACUGCGUGGCCCAGAACUGCUUUGGGCGCCUGGUGAGCCGGCGGGCCCGGGUGCAGCUGGCAAGUCUGUCGCGCUUCCAUCAACAUCCAGAGUCCGUCGAGGUUGAGCCGGGUGGAGUCGCCCGCUUCCAGUGCCUGAUCCGGGGAGUGCCGGAGCCUUCCGUUUCCUGGGAGCACAACGGCACGACCUUGAGUACUGCCAGCCACCGGGUGACACUGCUGCCUCGUGGCAUCCUCCAUAUCACCAGCGUGAGCCGGGCUGACGUGGGCACCUACCGCUGCGUGGCACACAAUGUGGCCAAUACCCGCCACAGCCAGGAUGCCUGGCUGACCCUGAAGGGAGCUGGGAGUGCCUGGUACAAAGAGCCCGAGAUUCUGUCUGGGCCUCAGAACCUGACGCUCACAGUGCACCAAACGGCAGUGCUGGAAUGCAUCGCCACAGGCCACCCACAGCCACUGGUCUCCUGGAGCCACCUGGAUGGCCGCUCCAUCGGCGUAGAGGGCAUCCAAGUCCUGGGCACCGGGAACCUCAUGAUCUCCAAUGUGUCGGUCCAGCACUCGGGCAUCUACGUCUGUGCGGCCAAUCGGCUGGGAACCCGGGUCCGACGCACAGCACAGGGCGUCCUGCUCGUGCAGGCUCCGCCUGAGUUUGUCCAGUGGCCACAAUCCUUGUCCAGGCCUCCAGGCAGCAGCGCCGUCCUCACCUGCGUGGCCCAGGGCGUCCCUGAGCCCUGGCUGGCCUGGUUGAGGAAUGGGAAGGGGCUGAGUCCUGGGGAUAACAUUCGGCUAACCCACAACAGCACACUGAUGCUGGUGGGGAUCUCAGCGGAGGACGAGGCCAUCUACCGAUGCGUGGCAGAGGACAGCGCGAGCUCCAACCAGGCCAGUGCCCGCCUGGCUGUGACAGGGGACCCAGAGCCACCCCCUGCCCCCAGGUGUCUGCAGGCAACGGCUCUCUCCACCUCUGCCAUUCUAGUGUCCUGGGAACCACCGCCCUCCAAUGGGGACGUCACUGGCUAUGUGCUGCACCUCCGGCCCGUUGGAGAGUCCAAGGCUGGGUGCUCCUGCAGCCGGGAUGAGAACAGCUCGCUGCCUGGGGUUGUGGUGGGCAUCCACGUGGGCCUGGCUGCCCUCAUCGUUUGCCUCCUUUGUCUCCUGCUGGGCUGGAGACACAGGUGACCGUGGAGCAGCCGCCCUUACCCUAGGGCCCUCCAAGUUGGCUCCCUCCCAGAUGCCACUAACUCCGGCCCCACCAAAGAAUCUAUGUCACCUUUCCCUGCCACCCCGGAGUCAAGAAAGAACCAAAGGUCCCUAAGCCCCUCUCCGGGGAGGGUCAGGUCUGACCAUAGGGUGGGAGAAGAGGUUGUGAUUUCUGUUUCUCCCUUCUCCUUAAGAAAUGGGGAAAUCUGUGUCUUCCCCAACACACCAAAUAACUCAAACUAAACCAUGCUCAGGUGGGAGUUCUCUCCAACCCAUUAGUCCUCCCUCAUAACACCAUCGAAUAUAUCCUCUUGAUCCAAAAAUGAACUACCCAAAGAUAUAUAGCUUUAAAGCCCCCCCCAAGAGGGGACUCAGGGCAAGGGGCUCUGUCAGCAACUCCAUCUUCCAACCCAAACCCCCAGUCUGAAAUCUGUUUGUCUCCUCAUGCCUAAGAUGGAGUCUGACCAGGGACAGGCAACCUGCAUUCCUGCUGGUCUAAAUAGGCAGGUGGGCAAAGGGGCUGCCAAGUUCCUUGCCCCCGUGUCCCAACAACAGAAGAGUUCUGAACAUCUAAGCUCACACACGCUGCUUCUCUGAGCAACCAAAUGCCCAUCUCCCCCUUUCCAGAUCCAAAGCAUUCACCCCUUUUCGGGAGGCAUGCCUCCUCAUUUUUCUAUUUUUGAAAGGAGAUACUAGUUUGCGUUGAGGUUCUGUUGGCCUUGAAUCCCUUGUAGAAUGAGCACAGACGCUGUGGGGCACCCCACACAUCUAUUCCCCUCAAUUCUAGGUGUCCAAAGAGCACCUCUUUCCCACUCCUCCCUCUGACCUAUGGCCCUCCUGGCCCCCUUGUCCCUCCUCGUCCAGCUCUACCACAAACCUAAAACCAAACCCCAGGCUCUCCCUCAAUCUGCCGCCCUCCAAGGCUGUCCAGUAUUGUGCCAAAAAGGGGGUAGGGUCUUGGAGGAAGGAAAACCCAGGUCUUAGGGGGACCCCAAACACUGUCUCCUCUGUGCUCUUGUAGGAUGAUGUUCAUACCAGUGACAAGACCUCCAGCAAGGCUGGGCCCUGCCCCUCCCCAACUGCACAAGGGGCAUAAGCAGCUUUAACUAAUAAAUGUGGCAGGGGACCAAGAGGUUAAGAACAGCCCCAAACUUCAGGUCCCUGAGGAAGUAACAUCCUCUCCUCUGGGUGGGCCUGGUCUAAGAGCUUUGUUGGAAAUAAACCAAAAUGGAAAAAAUAAAUUAGGAUCUGGUUAACGUUCUGGAUUGAAAGGAAAACC